AUGACGACCGACGGCGGAAGGGUGCGCUUCAAUCCGAACCUGUACAGCAGUGUGCUCGUCUCGCUCAGCAUAUCGGGCACGUUUCACGGACCCUCAUGGAACCCGGAGAUGACCAUCAACACGGUGGUGGUUUCCAUCCAGUCGUUGCUUAGCGAGCAGCCAUUGGCACACGAACCUGCACUGGAACGGGAGUUCGAAACUUGGCUUGAAAAGAUGAUCGGUUGCAACGCUAAACUGCGCUCCCAGACCCCAAAUGUUGCGGUGUGCGACGAACUCGAUGCUUGCCACCUCAAUAACUCGUUGUACCCGCAGGACCUGCAAAUGGCUGUGAUUAAGCACUUCGUAGAACAAUAUGACAAGUACGAAAGUGUAGCCAUCUCCCUACUUGGCCAGGACUCAAGCGUGGAGGAAUCUCAGCAGUACGCAGCGCUACUCGAGAGACUGCAAGACUUGCAUGGUCGAAAACUGCAAAACAACCCAACGAUGAGGAAAAUGUUACAAUGCGACUACAAAGGCAUCAUGGACUGCUUGGGCUCAUGGAUACUUUUUUGGAGCUUAAAAAAUGUUGCAAACCGUUAA